AUUAUAGAAUUUUCGUUUGUGGUGGUCGAUGCUUCAAACAUGCAGGUUCUUUACAAAGAACAACACUACGUCAAGCCAGAACGCACUCCUCUCACAACCUUUUGCACCGAUGUGACCGGAAUUACCUGGGAUAUGCUAGAGUCUGCCGGCAGCUUAAAAGACGCCAUUUCUUCCCUGGACCAAUACAUCACCACCGAGAUUGAAGGCAAGGGACUCUCCUUUUGCUUUGUAACCCACGGUGGCUGGAUCUUGCGUAUCCAAAUCCCUCGUGAAGCACGCGACAAGAACAUCGAACUACCCGGGUACCUUGCAUUCUGCCGCAUGUUUGAUCUCAAGCAAGAAAUCCAGCGCUGGCAAGUGCACCACCCUGAGGUCAAUCUCAGAACCACAUCGCUCAAGGAUCUCUGCGAGACCUUCCAGCUGACCGAUGAAGUGACCGAUGGUGACACUAUCGGAUUAAACGCCUGUUUGACAACAGUAAAGGUCAUUCGCUACCUAACCAACUUCCGUCACCCAGACGUGUUUGUCCACCCGAUUGACACCAAUGCAGAUCUCCAGCAGUUCAAGAAAGAAGAAUCCAGAGUGAUUCAUCUGGCCGGCCUUCCCUUUGAGGUAACCCAGGGUGAGCUUGAGGCUUGGUUUUCUUCCAAUGGCCUACGUCCCACAACCAUGUGGAUGAUUCAACCCGCCGACCACGCUAAGCCGAGCAUCUCCGGAUUUGUGCUGUUUUAUGCCCAUGACGAUGCCAUGCGUGCUUUGGCCCUCAACGGCCGUUGUUUGGGCGAUCGUCCUAUUGAAGUCUGUCCAAGCAGCGAACGUGUUAUUGAGGCAGCUGGUAAUAUGCUAGUUCCUUUCCCUCUGCAGUCCAAGAGCCGUUCCUUGCGUCCAGGAGACUGGAAUUGCACCAACUGCAAUUUCCACAACUUUGCGUCUCGCCGCAACUGCUUCAAGUGCAAUGCCGAGAGUCCUAAUCCAGCCUCUGCUUCUACUCCUACAUUCAGACCCAACAACAGUGGGGGUAGUGGUGGAAACGGAGGUGGUGGAAUGAACCAUAUGUCGUCUGCUCCUGGUACCCCCAUGGGCGUGAACCCUGCUUAUGGAAGCGGGCGUCCUCAUCAGCCAAUCGCCUUCCGACCCGGAGAUUGGUAUUGCCCCAACUCGUCUUGUGGAUUCCAAAACUUUGCAUCUCGCGCAUCCUGUUUCCGUUGUCACACGCCUAA